AUGUCCUCGACCGUGGGGCCCCGCGGUCCUCGCCCACCCACGGUGCCUCCCCCCAUGCCAGAGCUGCCCGACCUGAGCCACCUGACCGAGGAAGAGAGGAACAUUAUCAUGGCAGUGAUGGACCGGCAGAAGGAAGAGGAGGAAAAAGAAGAAGCCAUGCUCAAGUGUGUUGUCAGGGAUAUGGCGAAGCCUGCUGCCUGCAAAACACCAAGAAAUGCUGAAAACCAGCCCCAACAACCUCCACCGAGAUUGCAUCAACAGUUUGAAAGCUACAAGGAACAAGUAAAAAAAAUAGGGGAAGAAGCGCGGCGUUACCAGGGCGAGCACAAAGAUGAUGCGCCAACUUGUGGAAUUUGCCAUAAGACAAAGUUUGCUGAUGGGUGUGGUCACCUUUGCUCCUAUUGCCGCACCAAGUUCUGCGCGCGCUGUGGAGGCCGCGUAUCUCUACGGUCGAACAACGAGGACAAAGUGGUUAUGUGGGUAUGCAAUUUAUGUCGAAAGCAACAAGAAAUCUUAACCAAAUCUGGGGCAUGGUUCUUUGGAAGCGGCCCUCAGCAGCCUAGUCAGGAUGGAACCUUGAGUGAUACAGCUACAGGUGCUGGUUCUGAGGUACCGAGAGAAAAGAAAGCACGACUCCAAGAGAGAUCAAGGUCUCAGACUCCCCUGAGCACAGCUGCUGCCUCCUCCCUGGACACUGCUCCUCCCAGUGCACCACCAGACAGGAGCAAAGGGGCUGAACCUUCACAACAAGCCAUGGGGCCGGAACAGAAGCAGGCGUCAUCCAGGUCUAGAAGUGAACCUCCAAGAGAYAGGAAGAAGGCUCCAGAGCAGAAUGGCAAAGGAGCCCUGAAGAGCGAGAGGAAACGCGUGCCAAAAACCUCUGUGCAGCCAGGGGAGGGGGCUGUGGAAGAACGGGAACGGAAAGAAAGGCGGGAAAGCCGAAGGCUUGAGAAAGGGAGAUCACAGGACUACCCCGACGUGCCAGAAAAACGAGAGGAUGGAAAAGCGGCGGAGGAUGAGAAGCAAAGGAAAGAAGAGGAAUACCAGACCAGGUACCGCAGYGACCCGAACCUGGCGCGGUAUCCGGUGAAAGCGCCGCCUGAGGAGCAGCAGAUGCGCAUGCACGCCCGGGUGUCCCGAGCGAGGCACGAGCGGCGCCACAGCGACGUGGCGCUCCCGCGCACCGAAGCGGGAGCCGCGCUACCAGAAAGCAAGGCCGGCAAGCGAGCGCCGGCCGCCGCCAGGGCCUCCCCGCCGGACUCGCCCCGGGCCUACUCGGCCGAGAGGACUGCGGAGACCAGGGCGCCCGGCGGCAAGCCGCCAACGAACCACAGCCCGCCUGCGCCCAGGCAUGGGCCGGUCCCCGCAGAAGCCCCGGAGCUCAAAGCCCAGGAGCCCCUCAGGAAGCAGAGCCGCCUGGACCCCAGCUCAGCGGUGCUCAUCAGGAAGGCCAAGCGCGAGAAGGUGGAGACCAUGCUGCGGAACGACUCCCUGAGCUCUGACCAGUCUGAGUCCGUGCGGCCAUCGCCGCCCAAGCCGCAUCGGUCUAAGAGGGGCGGCAAGAAGCGGCAGAUGUCAGUGAGCAGCUCAGAGGAGGAAGGCGUGUCCACUCCCGAGUACACCAGCUGCGAGGACGUGGAGCUAGAGAGCGAGAGCGUCAGCGAGAAAGGUGACUUGGAUUAUUACUGGUUGGAUCCUGCCACGUGGCACAGCCGGGAAACAUCACCUAUUAGUUCGCAUCCUGUAACGUGGCAGCCAUCCAAAGAGGGGGACCGAUUAAUUGGACGUGUUAUUCUUAACAAAAGAACAACCAUGCCCAAAGAAUCGGGUGCAUUACUGGGUCUGAAAGUUGUUGGAGGAAAAAUGACUGACUUAGGACGUCUUGGUGCUUUCAUCACCAAAGUAAAGAAGGGUAGCCUGGCAGAUGUAGUUGGACACCUGAGAGCAGGGGAUGAAGUUCUAGAAUGGAAUGGUAAACCCCUGCCGGGAGCUACAAAUGAAGAAGUUUACAACAUUAUUUUAGAAUCAAAAUCAGAACCUCAAGUUGAAAUUAUUGUUUCAAGGCCUAUUGGUGACAUUCCCCGGAUUCCUGAGAGUUCCCAUCCUCCACUGGAGUCCAGUUCAAGCUCCUUUGAAUCUCAAAAGAUGGAAAGGCCUUCCAUUUCUGUUAUUUCUCCAACAAGUCCUGGAGCCCUGAAAGAUGCCCCACAAGUCUUACCAGGGCAACUUUCUGUGAAGCUGUGGUAUGAUAAAGUGGGACACCAGCUGAUUGUAAAUGUUCUGCAAGCAACAGAUCUACCCUCUAGAGUAGAUGGCCGUCCCAGGAAUCCUUAUGUAAAAAUGUAUUUUCUUCCAGAUAGAAGUGAUAAAAGUAAAAGGAGGACCAAAACAGUAAAGAAAGUACUAGAACCAAAAUGGAAUCAAACUUUUGUCUAUUCACAUGUGCAUCGUAGAGAUUUUAGAGAGCGAAUGUUAGAAAUAACUGUGUGGGAUCAACCAAGAGUACAAGAAGAAGAAAGUGAAUUUCUUGGAGAGAUCCUCAUAGAAUUGGAGACAGCACUUUUAGAUGAUGAACCACAUUGGUAUAAACUUCAGACACACGAUGAAUCUUCACUACCUCUGCCUCAGCCAUCACCUUUCAUGCCAAGGCGACACAUUCAUGGAGAAAGCUCUAGCAAGAAGCUUCAAAGAUCUCAGCGAAUCAGUGAUAGUGACAUCUCAGAUUAUGAGGUUGAUGAUGGUAUUGGAGUAGUUCCUCCAGUGGGUUAUAGGUCUAGUGCUAGAGAAAGUAAAUCAACAACAUUAACUGUGCCAGAACAGCAAAGAACAACUCAUCACCGCUCACGUUCAGUAUCUCCUCAUCGCGGCGAUGAUCAGGGAAGGCCGCGUUCACGUUUACCAAAUGUGCCAUUACAGAGGAGCUUAGAUGAAAUUCAUCCAACAAGAAGAUCACGUUCUCCAACCAGACACCAUGAUGCCUCCCGAAGUCCUGCUGAUCACAGAUCCAGAGAUGUGGAUAGUCAGUAUUUAUCAGAACAAGACAGUGAGCUUCUUAUGCUGCCCAGAGCAAAACGAGGACGAAGUGCAGAAUGCCUACAUACUACCAGACAUCUUGUUAGGCACUGUAAAACAUUACCACCCAAGAUGCCUUUAUUACAGAACGGCUCUCACUGGGAUAUCUACAGCUCAAUUCUGCCUGCAUAUUCUAAGACCAAAUCAGUGACUAGACAGGACAUUCCCCUUCAUCAUGAAGGCUUUAACUCAAGAGUGUUGAGAUUUACUGAUGAGAUAUUGGUUAGUGAACUGCAGCCCUCCCUUGACAGGGCUAGGAGUGCUAGUACCAACUGCUUGAGACCAGAUACUAGUUUGCAUUCACCAGAACGAGAAAGGGGUAGAUGGUCCCCCUCCCUAGAUAGGAGACGACCUCCUAGUCCCAGGAUUCAAAUCCAGCAUGCAUCUCCGGAGAAUGACAGGCACUCCAGAAAGUCUGAAAGAUCUAGCAUCCAAAAACAGACUAGGAAAGGCACUGCCUCUGAUGCAGAAAGGGUUCUCCCACCAUGUCUUUCUAGAAGGGGACACGCAGCCCCAAGAGCGACUGAUCAACCAGUCAUUAGGGGAAAACAUCCCGCUCGCUCAAGGUYGAGUGAGCACUCUAGUGUCAGAACACUGUGUUCUAUGCACCACCUUGCCCCUGGAGGGUCGGCGCCACCUUCUCCGCUUCUGACAAGAAUGCAUCGACAAGGAAGUCCAACCCAGUCUCCUCCAGCAGACACAUCCUUCAGCAGUCGCAGGGGAAGACAGCUCCCUCAGGUGCCAGUGAGAAGCGGCAGUAUAGAACAAGCAAGCUUAGUAGUGGAGGAGCGAACAAGACAGAUGAAAAUGAAAGUCCAUCGAUUUAAGCAGACAACAGGGUCUGGUUCUAGUCAAGAACUUGAUCGCGAGCAAUAUUCCAAGUAUAACAUACAUAAAGAUCAGUACAGAAGCUGUGAUAACGUCUCUGCCAAAUCAUCAGAUAGUGAUGUCAGUGAUGUGUCCGCCAUUUCCCGAACCAGCAGUGCCUCACGCCUCAGCAGCACAAGCUUUAUGUCAGAGCAAUCUGAGCGCCCCAGGGGUAGAAUCAGUUCAUUUACCCCCAAAAUGCAAGGCAGACGGAUGGGGACUUCAGGAAGAGCCAUCACRAAGAGCACCAGUGUAAGUGGAGAGAUGUACACACUGGAGCAUAAUGACGGCAGCCAGUCAGACACAGCUGUGGGAACCGUUGGAGCAGGUGGGAAGAAGCGGAGAUCCAGCCUGAGUGCCAAAGUGGUUGCCAUAGUGUCUCGGAGAAGUAGAAGCACAUCUCAACUCAGCCAAACAGAGUCGGGCCACAAGAAGUUAAAAAGUACCAUUCAGAGAAGCACAGAAACAGGAAUGGCAGCGGAAAUGAGGAAGAUGGUGAGACAGCCCAGUCGGGAGUCCACUGAUGGCAGCAUCAACAGUUACAGCUCUGAGGGAAACUUAAUAUUUCCUGGAGUGCGACUAGGAGCUGACAGUCAGUUCAGUGAUUUUCUUGAUGGACUGGGACCAGCCCAGCUUGUUGGCCGCCAAACCCUUGCCACCCCUGCAAUGGGUGAUAUACAAAUUGGAAUGGAGGAUAAAAAGGGCCAAUUAGAAGUUGAAGUUAUUAGAGCACGAAGCCUGACGCAAAAACCUGGCUCCAAAUCGACACCUGCACCAUAUGUCAAAGUUUAUCUUUUGGAAAAUGGAGCCUGUAUAGCCAAGAAGAAGACAAGAAUUGCACGGAAAACCCUUGAUCCUUUGUAUCAGCAGUCCCUGGUUUUUGAUGAAAGUCCACAGGGUAAAGUUCUUCAGGUGAUUGUGUGGGGAGACUAUGGCAGAAUGGACCAUAAAUGUUUCAUGGGUGUGGCUCAAAUCUUGUUGGAAGAACUUGAUCUCUCCAGCAUGGUCAUUGGAUGGUACAAAUUGUUCCCACCUUCAUCACUGGUGGACCCCACAGUCACUCCCCUAACCCGCCGGGCUUCCCAAUCAUCUCUGGAAAGUUCAACUGGGCCUCCCUGCAUUCGAUCAUAG